ACAAAAUUUAAGUGUAAUGAGAGUCUUGUAAAGAAGUUGAAAAUAAAUAUUAAGCCGAACACAUACCUACAAUUGUGAAAGUAUCAACAAUUUUUUCCAAUUUCCGAAUUCUGAUAUUAGUAUUCGUGUAGCUUACGUGUAACAAGUGAUAAAAAUAUUUGCUUCAGUGCACCAAUUUAUAAAUUUUAUCUAUAAACAUUCUUAUAGGUGUAAUUAACGAUAAUUUAUUAUAUAAUUUAGUUUAAAGUUGUAAACAUUGAUAUUUAAAUAUAAAAAAAUAUAUAUGACAUUUAUAUUUACGUUAUAAGUGAAGCUACGAGUUACAUUAUGAGAAUUAGAAGAUUAUCAUAUUUUUUUUGGGCAACUUGCAUAGUAGCAUUUAUAUUUAUUUUAUACGUGGUAACGGAUCUUAGCUUCAAGCUGCCAAGCAUAAAACCGGCUAUGGUGGAGCUGGAUGAUAAUAAAUGGACAGCAUUUGAAUCAAAACUUCAGAAAAUAGAGAAGGAGCUUGACCAACAUCAUGCCGUUGUUGGUGAGAUUAAGAACGCCAUGGAUCAGAUUGUGGAACAAUCCCAAGAGUUUUACCCACCACAGAAGAGACCAAAGGAGCGCAAGGAAAGUAAAAUACGAGAGUUCAAGGUUGUGGGAGAUGAACCACCGAGAAUGCAUAAAAAGAUUAACAUGUCCUGUCCAGCCAUACAGACCUCGGCUAAGUCUGAUAUACAGAUGCUCUCGAUGUAUGACCGAAUCAUGUUCGAUAAUGUUGAUGGCGGAGUGUGGAAACAGGGCUGGAACAUUGAAUACAAGGAUAACCAGUGGAGUAGCAAAAAUAAGCUGAAGGUGUUCAUUGUACCUCAUUCACAUAAUGAUCCUGGUUGGUUGAAGACGUUUGAGAACUACUACAAGACUCAAACAAGAGCUAUCUUCACUAACAUGGUUGAAAAGCUGAAUGAAGGGGUCGGAAGGAAGUUCAUAUGGGCGGAAGUGAGCUACCUCGCGCUCUGGUGGGCGAGUGACGCUACUGACAAAGAGAAACUUGCUUUCCAGAAAUUACUUAAAUCUGGACAGAUUGAGAUCGUAACAGGAGGAUGGGUUAUGAACGACGAGGCCAACUCACACUGGUUGUCGAUAGUACAGCAACUGACUACGGGUCACCAGUGGCUGAUGGAUAACGUGGGAUAUAUACCGAAAAACCAUUGGUCGAUUGACCCCUUCGGUUAUUCUAGUACCCAGCCGUACCUGUUAAAACUGUCCGGUCUAGAAAACUCUGUGAUACAAAGAGUACAUUACAGGGUCAAGAAGGAACUCGCCAUGAAUAGACAAUUGGAGUUUAAGUGGAGGCAGUUAUGGGACGGUGUUGGUAAGACUGAUAUGUUCACUCACAUGAUGCCGUUCUACUCAUACGACAUCCCACACACAUGCGGCCCUGAUCCUAAGAUAUGUUGCCAGUUCGACUUUAAAAGAUUGCCAGGUAAUGGCGUAACCUGUCCUUGGGGAAUACCGCCGAGAAAGAUUAUACAGAAGAAUGUUAACGAACGGUCGUCCAUAAUCCUGGACCAAUGGCGGAAGAAGGCUCAGCUGUAUAGAAGCAACGUCCUGCUGGUGCCGCUGGGAGAUGACUUCAGAUAUGACCGCGCCAAUGAAUGGGACAACCAGUACUCCAACUACGACAUGAUCAUCAGCCAUAUCAAUGAGAACGACUCCUGGAAUGCUGAGGUACAAUUCGGCACUCUAUCAGACUACUUCAAGGCGUUGCACGAGGAGGUGAAGCUGUCAGACUUCCCGGUGCUCUCCGGAGACUUCUUCACGUACGCCGACCGCAACCAGCACUAUUGGAGCGGAUACUACACCUCGCGACCCUUCUACAAGAGAAUGGAUAGAGUGCUACUGGCCUAUGUCAGGGCGGCGGAAACAAUCAGCAUGCAAGUGUUCCUGUCGUCAUCGACCAGGCAGCUGGUGUCUCUGCAGCUGGAGGAGCGCGUGGACGCCGCACGGAGAGCCCUGGCGCUGUUCCAACAUCACGACGGAGUCACCGGCACAGAGAGGGACGAGGUGCGAGAGGACUACGCCAAGAAAUUGUUACAAGCUAUAAAGUACUGUCAGUCGGCGAUCCAGCAGUCCGCCUACCACCUGCUGCGGGAGCCGGUCCUCAAGGACCAGAAACAGGAGGAUGUUUAUUUCGACGUGGACGACAUCUGGCGGAGACAUGACGAGAUACCUUCUAGAAUAACCAUCACCUUGGACGCGAUGUUCCCUUCUAGAAGAAUAGUGCUCUACAACGCGUUACCGUUCAGAAGAUACGAAGUCCUAACGCUGAUCGUCUCGUCACCACAUGUUGAGGUGUUCGACCAGGAAGGUUCGCCCCUGAUGUCGCAGGUGUCCCCGGUGGUGGCGGGCGAGCGACGCCUGGGCUUCGCUGCCAACAAGUUCCAGCUAUCGUUCCCCGUCAGCGUGGGCUCCCUGGGCCUGGCCGUCUACAGCGUGGCCUUGAGAGACGCCGCCUCCAUCAACAAAUACACGUCGUACUCCCACGUGCGUAUCUACAACGCGGACUACUGGUCGGUGGACCUGCCGAGGAUGUUCGCAGUGGAGCAGCCGGCCGGUCGCCUGGCCGAUGAUGUCACACUCCGUGCCAACAACACGCGCCUCGUUGUCACCAAGGACGGACUACUGAAGGCUCUGGUGGGGCCGAACGGACGGACCACGCCCAUACACAUGGACUUCGUACAAUACGACACCCAGAAAACUCCUGAUAACAACAGCGGCGCGUACCUGUUCAUGCCGGCGGGACCCGCGACGGACCUCAACACGGACCCCUACCCUGAGAUAGUGAUCAUAGAGGGACCCUACAAGGCCACCGUGUACACGGGACUCGUGGGUCCAAAGGAGGCCGAGAUAGUCCUGGCUAUGUCAGUGUACACCAACCCGUCGUUGGGUCACAGCGAGGUGGAGCUGGACAACACCUUCCAGCUGGACCAGGCGGUCGACGACCUGGAACUGGCGAUAAGACUCUCCACUAACAUUAAGAACGGAGACACCUUCUACACGGACCUCAACGGAAUGCAGAUGAUACGGCGACGGUACUUCGAUAAACUUCCCCUGCAAGCGAACUUCUACCCUCUGCCGGCGGCGGCCUACAUCGAGGACGCUGCGACCAGGCUGACAGUAGUGACGUCCACACCGCUCGGCACCGCCGCCCUGCAACCCGGACAGAUAGAGAUAAUGCAGGACCGUCGGCUGAGUCGCGACGACAACCGCGGCGUGAACCAGGGCGUCCUCGACAACGUGCGCACAAGACACGUGUUCAGGGUCAUCGUAGAACACUCGCAACCCAACUGCCAGUCUACAGCCGCGGACCGUACUAGCGGGCACCUGUCUCUGGGCGCGGCGGUGUCUCAGCGGACGCUACAGCAGCCCCUGGUGGUGAUGCAGUUCACAUCCGAGGAGGUUCCCCCCACCGCAGCGCCCCCGCACGGCGCCGCCGACGUCGAACUGGCCUCUAUACGACCAGCUCGAGGGAUGAAGGACGGCUCUAAACUGCAAGGUGUUGGGGCGACGUUCAGACGACUACAUUUUGACAGCUGCUAUGGAAAUGACAUCGUCAGCAAAUGGUACCGCGUAGGAGACGGACAGAUCUCACUCAACGAUAUGUUUGAAGUCCAACCUGACAAAGUGUUCGAAAGUUCACUGACCUUCAACACCAUAGGGAAUCCCAUCCCCGACGGCAUCCUGACGUUAUGUCCCAUGGAAGUGAGAUCGGUAUUCAUCAAUCAGACCAUAAAACACGGGUGAAUGAACCUCGCUAUGGUGUUUGUUCUAUAAACACUUGUGUGUAUUUAUUUGUGAUGAUUCUCAUCGAGUCCUUAAAAGUCACUUAACAUAAUUAUUUCGUACAAACCGAAUUUUUAGAAUAAUUUUAUAUGACGUGUAAUUUAAUUUAUAUAUUAUUAUUAUAAAUAACAAUUUUCACUCUACAUAGCUUGAUCUAAUAUAAGUACUUACCGCAGCACCAAUUACAGAUUAAUUUAAAUAUCACCCAUAAAUAAUCCGUUUAUUUUUUAUAAAUAGCGCCAUCUGUGUACAAGAAGUAUAACUAACGGCAGUAUUUAUUUAACAGUUUUGAAAAACCAACUCCAUUAUUUAAAUGAUUGUUCCCAAUGAGUUGUAUCGAGUAACGUAAACAUUUUGUUCCCGUGUAACAUUCGUCGAGUUUCUAAUCUCGUCUCAUACUAUAACGCACAAUAAUUCUGUAUAUUCAAUGUAUGUAUGUUUGUCCUAUACUCGUGUAGCUAGAUGUAGCGUGGAAAAUAUUAAAUCGCAUUGAUAUAUCACUAAGCGUAGUAGAAACCGUUUCUUACAUUAUUUCAAACUUUCUAUCGACUGUAUAGGAAUUAUUUUAAUAAUUGCAAUAUCAACAUUCCUAUGUUUAUUUUAUAUAUUUUUCGAUGUUUCCUAUUUAUGUAAAUUUGUAUAUAUUUGUUGGAGAAAUAUUGUUUCAUCGGAGUGCUGUACAUACUGAAGUGUGUCCGACUUCGUUUUUAGAUCCGAAAAUAAAGAAAUAGAUUUUAAGUCAGACACGAACGUGUUUUUAAUGUCCUUAAUAUAGUUAUCAGUGUUAUUGGAUGAAUAAAAUGUCCGAAAUAAUA